AAAAAUGUCCGAAAUCCUUUGAACUUGCCACUAAGGAAAGAAUCUACAACUUGGUCAUCACACGGGCACGGCCAGCGCCCAACGCCACCCGCCGGCCCCGACCAACCCACGCAUCCGCCACCGCCGCCACCACCAUUCCGAUUCCAAGCCUCGCGCACUCCGGAACGCAGCACGCGCUGCUCUGCCCCAGCAGAUCGCACCACCUCACCGACCCCGCCUGCUCCCCUCUUCCACCCCCGAGCCACUAGCCGUGUCCCGUGGACAUGUCCCGCCGCGUGACGGCCGCCCGCGACCGGUGCUUGGAGCUGGAGCGCGUCAUCGCCGGCCGCGCCCGCUCGGGAAGCCUCGGCCUCGACGACGCCCUCAAGCUUUUCGACGAAUUGCUCCCGAUCGCCAGGCCCGCCUCGGUUCACGCCUUCAACCAGCUCCUCACCGUCGUCUCUCGCGCCAAGGGCAGGGGCUCCUUAACCUCUGCGCUCGUCGUCUCCCUCUUCAACCGGAUGGCCCGUGCCUCCCCCACCAAGGUAGCUCCCGACCUGCGCACCUACAGCAUCCUCAUCGGUCGCUUCUGUAGCAUGGGCCACCUAGAUUUCGUUUUCGCCGCCUUUGGCCUCAUCCUUAAGAAGGGCUUUAGUGUGAAUGCCAUAGUCAUAAAUCAGCUUCUCAAUGGUCUCUGUGACGCAAAGAGGGUGGGUGAGGCCAUGAACGUAUUGCUCCGACGAAUGCCCGAGUUUGGUUGCACGCCCAAUUUAGUCUCAUACAACACGAUUCUCAAGGGUUUCUGCAAUGAAAAUAGAGCUCAGGAGGCACUUGAGCUGCUCCACAUGAUGGCUGAUGAUGGAGGUGGUAGCUGCCCACCAGACGUGGUGGCGUACAACACUGUCAUCAAUGGCUUCUUUAGAGAGGGUCAGGUGGACACAGCUUACAGCCUAUUUCAUGAAAUGCUAGAUCGGGGGAUUCUGCCAGAUGCUGUGACCUACAACACAGUCAUUGAUGGCCUAUGCAAAGCUGGAGCAGUUGGCAGGGCUGAGGGUGUCCUUCAGGAGAUGAUCCAUAAAGGUGUUAAGCCAGAUAAUAGGACAUAUAAUUGUCUGAUCAAUGGAUAUUGCACUACAGGACAGUGGAAAGAGGUGCUUCGAAUCCUCAAUGAAAUGUCCACACAGGGUCUGCGAGCAGAUGUUGUUACUUAUAAUUUGCUGCUGGAUUAUCUUUGCAAGAAUAGAAACAUCACAGAAGCUAGAAAGAUUUUUGAUUCUAUGAUUGGAAAGGGAAUAAAACCUAAUGUGACUACCUAUAGCACUCUGCUUAAUGGGUAUGCUUCGAAAGGAGAUCUUGCUGAUAUGCAUGAUUUCUUAGAUCUGAUGGUAGCAGAUGGUAUUUCACCUGACCAUCCCGUCUUCAACAUAGUGUUCCGUGCAUAUUCUAAAGGUGGUAUGAUAGAUGAGGCAAUGCAUAUAUUUGACCAGAUGAGGCAGCAUGGGUUGAGUCCUGAUGUAGUCAGCUAUGGAGCACUAAUAGAUGCACUUUGCAAAUUGGGAAGGGUGGACGAGGCCAUGCUUAAAUUCAAUCAGAUGAUCAAUGAAGGGGUGACUCCUAAUAUCGUUGUUUUUACCUCCCUAGUUUAUGGACUGUGCACCGUUGAUAAAUGGCGAAAGGCUGAGGAGUUACUUGAUGUUAUGGUCUCGGCUGGUUUGGAACCUGAUGUUGUUGCCUAUAAUACUUUGCUUCACGGCUACUGUAGAGCUGGCAGGAUAUACGAUGCAUUUAGACUUUUCCGACAAAUGUUGAGCAAUGCAGUUAUGCCUGGAGUUGCCACUUACAACACCAUACUGCAUGGUUUAUUUCAGUAUGGGAGAUUUUCUGAAGCAAAGGAACUCUACGUCAAUAUGAUCAAAAGUGGAAUGCAGUUGGACAUUUACACGUACAACAUAAUUCUGAAUGGUCUUUGCAAAAACAAUUUUGUUGAUGAUGCAUUCAAAAUGUUUCAGAGUCUAUGUUCUAUGGAUUCUCAACUUGACAUUAUUACUUUCACCAUUAUAAUUGAUGCUUUGCUCAAAAGUGGCAGAAAGGAAGAUGCCAUGGGUAUGUUCACUGCUAUCUCAGCCCAUGGUUUAGUUCCAGAUGUUGUGACCUAUCGCUUAGUGACAGAAAAUCUCAUUAAACAAGGGUUGCUAGAGGAGUUUGACAAUCUGUUUUUGGCCAUGGAAAAGAGUGGAUGCACUCCAAACUCAGGGGUCAAUUUACAAGUUAAUGGGUGCCACAAAGUUUGGAUACUUUUCGUUGCAUAAUUUGUUAAGAAAUCCUGCACUCUUGACUCCCGAAGGUAAAAUGAAUCAUAAGUGUCUACUUUUUGCAAUUCCAUGGAUUAGGUAUAUCCAAUACUAUCAUUCUAUGGAGGUUAGGAACAGUUGGAUUUGUUUGUUUUGUGUGAAGUGUUGGAUUUGCCAACUUUGACAUGAUUAUCUUCUAUGUUGCUUAUUCUUUAGAUGUUUUUGAAGAUAUUAAUUUUACAUUCCCUGUUAGAUGUUUUGUGUGAAGUGGUCUUGUUUGAUUGUUGAAAUUCUUUAGAUAAAUGUUAUCCUGUUUCUUAGUAUGAAAUUCUGCACCCGGCAAAAUUCUUGUUUCCAUUCCUAGUUAUUUUACAGCAGUAAAUAGUUUACUAAUUCAUGGGUACCGCAGAGGUUUUUUUCAUUUUUAUUGCAUAAUUUAUUAAGAGAUCCGACACUCCCUGGGUAACAUCUGGACUUCUUGAUCCUUGAGAUGGUUACUAUAUUUUAAGCUUUGUAUUUUUUGGUCUCCAUCAGUAGCAUUUAUUAUGUGGACGAAGGUCUUUACCUUUGACUCAUUUAUCAGGUUGAGUUUCACUUUCACACCUACCAGUUUACCCAAAAUCCUAAGCUGCUGAGAGAAGAUAGACAAUACACAUGAACUUUUAGCAACAGAACCUUAAAUGUUUAAACUCAUAUUUCUGUAAUCCUAUUAGGAUGCAUAAUUAUCCAUGUUUUACUUCUAGUUUAUUUUUCCUUUGAUCUUUGCCUCUCUGUGUUUUUGUUUAAAAGAUCUGCUCUGCACAAGUGCAACAUGGCUGGAAAGCCUGCUGUUGUCACUCACGGAAUCAUGGCGUGGACAGUAUGACUGACGAUGCCAGACCUGCUCAGGAGGAGGCAACUGAUGUGGCAAAUGCAGUACUUGAC